GUCCAAAUGGGUAUUUGGAGGAGGAGGUGUAAAAGGAGCUACAGCAGCGGGCAGAUUUGCAAGGAAUAAAUUUAAGUCCUCUCUUUCCCCCACCCCUUCCCUCCUCUCUCUCUCUUUCUCCUGCUCAGGAUUUAAAUGUCACUCAAAACAUCCUCAAAUCAGUUUUCUGCUCGUCUCUGCUUUCUUCCGAAGCAUUAAUUCGGCCCAACACUGCAUUUCAGCCGCUCUGGUGUUUUACUCAGAAAGGAAAUUUGCUCUAUCUCCAGCAGCAACCACUGCUCCUUUGAUGUUGUGGUACGCCGUGCGCAUGCGCCUCACAUUAGAAUUACUGCACUGGCCAGAAUAAGUUGGAUCUCUUCUCCUCUUCACUGAAACCCUAAAUCAUAUCAAAAGCUAAAGGGAUGUUGAGAGUCCGGAAAAGGGGCUACUUUGGUAUUUGGUCAUUCUUCUUAAUAAUAGCAAUGGUGUGUGCACAGAGUGUCAAUGACCCUAGCAAUAUGUCGCUGGUAAAAGAGACCGUGGAUAGACUGCUGAAAGGCUAUGACAUUCGCCUGAGGCCAGAUUUUGGAGGUCCACCAGUGGCUGUUGGCAUGAACAUAGACAUUGCCAGCAUAGACAUGGUAUCAGAAGUCAAUAUGGACUAUACUUUGACAAUGUACUUUCAGCAAGCGUGGAGGGAUAAGAGGCUGUCCUAUAAUGUUAUACCUUUAAAUCUUACACUGGACAAUAGAGUAGCUGAUCAGCUUUGGGUUCCUGAUACCUACUUCUUGAAUGACAAGAAAUCAUUUGUACAUGGGGUCACUGUGAAGAACAGAAUGAUUCGUUUGCAUCCAGAUGGAACAGUCCUCUAUGGUCUCAGAAUUACAACAACAGCUGCUUGUAUGAUGGAUCUACGAAGAUACCCACUGGAUGAACAAAACUGCACACUGGAGAUAGAGAGCUAUGGCUACACAACAGAUGACAUUGAAUUUUACUGGCGUGGGGGUGAUAAUGCAGUCACAGGAGUGACAAAGAUUGAACUGCCACAAUUCUCCAUUGUAGACUUCAGGCUUGUCACCAAGAAUGUUGUUUUCUCUACAGGUGCCUACCCAAGGCUGUCUCUCAGCUUUAAACUUAAGAGAAACAUUGGCUACUUCAUUCUGCAGACCUACAUGCCUUCCAUUCUGAUCACUAUCCUCUCCUGGGUUUCAUUCUGGAUUAAUUAUGAUGCCUCAGCUGCAAGAGUUGCUUUAGGAAUCACAACUGUGCUCACUAUGACAACGAUCAAUACUCAUCUUCGAGAGACUCUUCCCAAAAUUCCCUAUGUGAAAGCCAUUGACAUGUAUCUGAUGGGAUGCUUUGUCUUCGUUUUUAUGGCCCUGCUGGAAUAUGCAUUGGUCAACUACAUCUUCUUUGGCAGGGGACCCCAACGUCAAAAGAAAGCAGCAGAAAAAGCUGCCAGUGCCAACAAUGAGAAGUUGCGAAUGGAUGUCAAUAAGGUCUUUUAUAAAGAUAUUAAACAAAAUGGGACCGAAUUCCGAUCCCUGGAUCCCACUGGAAAUCUCUCCCCAACUAGACGGACUACCAAUUACGAUUACUCUCUGUAUACGGACAGAAGAAUAAUUGGCACAUAUCAUUGUCCAGAAAUGUAUUCAACAAAGAUGGAUCCACAUGAAAACAUUUUGUUGAGCACACUUGAAAUUAAAAAUGAGAUGGCUGCCUCCGAGGCUGUUAUGGGGCUUGGGGACCCUAGAAGCACUAUGCUGGCCUAUGAUACUUCAAGCAUCCAGUACCGGAAAGCUGGCUUGCCCAGACACAGCUUUGGUCGCAAUGCCCUGGAGCGACAUGUGGCACAAAAGAAAAGUAGGCUACGGAGACGUGCCUCUCAACUGAAAAUUAACAUCCCUGACUUGACUGAUGUAAAUGCCAUAGAUCGAUGGUCACGCAUAUUCUUCCCUGUUGUUUUUUCCUUCUUCAAUAUUGUCUAUUGGCUUUACUAUGUGAACUAAAAAACAAAGCCACACGAAAGCAAGAACUGGAUUUAUCUUCAAUUUGGUUGUACAGCCAAAAGUGGGACUUAGAAAAAUUCUAUUCAGGACAAAAGUUACUUUAAAACACCUUAGUUGCUGGCCUACUCUACGGUCUGUUUUAUAAUGUUUCAGUUGCUUCUGCUAAGUCAUAAACACAUUCUUAGUUACAGUAGAAACCUGUUCACCCUUUUAAAAAUGUGGGUGUAUAUGAAGAGUGAAGGCAAAAUUCCAUUCAAUCAUUUUUUUUCAACACUCAUAUCUGAGUUUAAACCUUAAACUAUAAAAAAGGGAAAUUUGGGAGACAGGUUUGAGUUUUAACAGCAGAAUGUGUCAUUUCUUUGUGAAAUUGCACAUAGAGUUCAUAUGCAUCUGUACUUGAUUAAAGAGUGUACUAAGAUGCUAUCAUGCUUAUGAAGCAUAUACAUUACCUUCUAAAUGUGUAAACUUGAAAACAAGUAGUGCCUGUCAUCUCACCUUCAUGAUGAUGAUGGUCAAAGAUUUCUGAGCAGUAGUCAGGUAAUUGCUAUUUUUUAACUGAAAGACUAAACCUUUGACUGAUAUUAUGAGCAGGUCAGGCGUUUGCACAGAAACUUAAGCAAGUAACAUUAGUUUUCUUUGGAUUUUAAAGAGUUGGCAUAAGGUCAUAGUCACAAUUCAUUGUACUUUUGAUAUGUGGGGGAAUGUGGAAAUCAGAUUUAGAGAUGGACCAACCUAUCAUGGCCUAAAUGGUGGACAUGUUGAUAUGUUCAGUUCCUGGGAGAUGGAGUCAUUUGUCCGAAGUGCCAAAUGUUGAUUGGCCAAAUAAUAACUUUACAGAUGACUAAUGGAAACCAUUGGUGCCCUGCUCUUUUAGGAUAGAAAAAGGGAAACAAGUGGCAACCAUUCAAGAACGCAGCCUCAGAAAAAAGGAAGGCUAGGAUUAUAUUGUACAAAUGAAUGUUGUCAGUCAUAGUCCCUGAAUUAGUCCUAAAGGUUCAUAUGGAAUUGAGCGUUUUCUUUCAGGUUUGUAGGCUUCUGUGCUUUACACCUGAGAAUGCUUUUAUAUUUCGCAUGUAACAUCCAAUUUAAAGAGAGUUAUUGAGAGAGCAGACUGUUACAGGAAUUAAUAUCUUAGCUGUUUGAAGAAUUCAGAUUUCAGAAAGUUUCCAGUUUUAUAACUUCAGAUAGGAUAUUUUCUCCAGCUGGACUAGACAGUGCCAUGCAUUGGUUUUUUUUAAUUUAAUAAGAUAUUAUAAAAGGAAUGAUUUGGUAGGCAUGCCUUUAAGAGAUUAACUAAGCUUUUCAGUAUUUCCUGCUUUAGAAGGUCUAAUGGCUUCCUUUAAAAACGCAAAAUUCAAUUUUGCCUUAGAAAAUAUGGGAGUUUUUUAUUUACAAAAAAUAGUAUCCUCUUGUUUUUCCUUCCAUGUAAUUUUAUUUUAUUUUUAUAGGAGAACUAUUCUUAAAGGAUGAGGCAAGGUAGAAAAUGUGCUCAUUUAACGAAAAAUAAAAAUUGACAAUUGUGAUAAGAAAAAAUCACCAACUUCUAAUGACUUCUGCAGAAUUAUUCGCUCUACAGUUCGAUGAAAAAUAGUUGAUAGCAGCAGCCACAUCCUGUUGUAACUAUGCUACCUCUCAGCUAUAUACAGAUUUCUUAAAAGAACCACAAAUUCCAGCAUGCUCUGAAUAAUAGUAUUUCUGAUAUAGUAGAGGCAAAUUUACAGCUAUGUUUUCCCUAUUUAAGGAUUCAGUUGCCAGUCCUUUUGAGAAUGAUUCCUUAACGUUAUUCAUAAAAAGCAGAUUUUUUUCUCUUUCCUUUAAAAAAGUAGUAGCCUGUAGAAAUUUCUGUGGAGGGGGCUUAGGGGAGACAAAAGAUUAGAGGAAAACAGCUUUGAGAAUUAAUAAGCCAAGUUUACACCAUUAUUUUUUACUUCUCUUCCACAUUACCAUGGGCUUCUGCUUCAGAAAGAGAGAAAAAAUAGCUUUGAAUGUUAUUGGGAAAGAACCUGAAAAUUAAAUGCACUGAGUACCCACAACUCUCUCAUUUAGGGGAAUGGUGGGUACUCAGUACUGCCUCUAUGGUCAAACGCUGAACUGCAUGUAGAUUCAAGCUUUUGACCAUGUGAUUAGCCUUUCCAUGGCGUUCACACACGAGUUCACAGUGCAUUUCACAAACCAGAACAAUGUGCUUUUGUAGGUGCAUUUGAAGUUUGAACUUCUAUGAAUCAUGCAUGCGAACUCACCCUAACGUCUCGGGAAAGGAUCCACACCACAAAUUGAUAACAGUCUUAGAAGUCGAUUUUUUAUAUAUGGCACCCUUUGUGAUAACCUAAUGCUGUCUUAUACACACAGUUUUCAUUCAGUGCACUAAGAGCCUUUAACACUUGUGUUUCACAGACGCGUAAUUUAAAUACAGGGAGCACAGUGCACACACAUGGUAGUUAUGCCUCAAAUAUAAAACCUAAUAGAGAGUAUGUUUACUCUCCUGCAUUGGUUUAGCAGGUCAGCUGUAGUCAAAACCAGGGAGAUCAGAUCCUAGUACUGCAUAUUAAUUUAUCUGAAGUUAUAGUACAAGCCAUAAUACUCUCUAAUGUUGCUAUUUGUCCGGUAAGAGAAAAUGUCUGGUUUCUGCUCAGGUGUCACUGGGAAGGAUGUAUCAAUAGGAGGAAGGAGCACUUUAAUUUCCUUUUGGCUACUAAUAUCAUGUACAGAAACUUUUGGAAGACCCUUCCAAAUAUGGAUUGGUAUAAUAUUGUACUAAAGCUAAACACUGUGAUGUGAAUGGGGUGGGAGGUGGGGGUAGUGUAAGGGAGGAGAACUGACAAGACCCUGGUAUGGAAGAACCAGAACCAAGGGAGUGUGAGUCAUUACCCCCUCUUCUUGGGACAUUUGUGACAAAAGUGAUAAAUUACGCCAGCGUACAACAGCUGUGCUUUUUAUCAUGUGUACUACCCUCUGAGUAAAUUAGACCAGCCAGACUAGUUUUUACCUUAGAAUUUACCUAAAAAAAAAUACUCCAAACCUUUCCACUCCUGUUCACUGUUGUUAGAUCCACUAACUAAAGUAUUAGUUAUAAUUUAGAUAAUGUUUGUAAUAUAAUUAGAAAUAGACAUGUUGUUAUUUCAUUAUACAGAACAGCCAGCAAUUAAGGUGUUUUUCAGCAUUGUGAAAUUCAUGGGAAAAUUAUGACACUAAUAUGGCACAGUUUUAAUUAAUGAUAUAUUUGAAAUCAAUAUGUAAAAUAUAAACUGUAUAGGACUGCUAGUAAGUAUGAUAUGCAUUUUCAGAACUGAAAACUCAUGCAACAUAUUUCUGUGUUUGCAUAAGGAAUGUUGCAUUUCUAUCCUUUUGUGGUUUAAUGACUGGGAAGAAAGACUCAAGCAAUGUCAUUCUGAAUAUUUCCUUUAUCAUUCCCAGUGGUGGGACGGAGAACCAGAGUCUUUAAUAAUAUGUUACAGAAUACUUCAGAGAGUUUUUACACUCUAAUACAAAGGACAUAAAAUGUGUCAGGUACAAAAAGCACAAUGCAUAAAGAAAGUGAGAGAUGGUCUUAUACCUAGGGAAAAAAUCCUGUUCAUUUUAGGCAACGUGUGCAUUAAAAUUAAAGGUCAAAUAACUUUUACUAUAAAUAUUAAACCAUGUUCCAAUUCCAUAAUUAACACAGUACUUAACAUAAGAGAAGUAAACAAAUGUUAAACAUUAUCCAAGUGUAUGUGUAUAUAGACAAAUAUAUUUAUAUAUAUAUAUAUAUGCAUAUGUGUUUAUAUACACAUUAUAUAAAUACACAUUCAUAUGUUGGUGUGUUAAAGGAAUAAGCUAAUAACAGUUUUGUUUCUAUCAUCACCCAGAGUAUGAAUAAUUUUUUGAGAAAACAAAUUAAUGUAUUAAAAAAAUCUUACUAUACAGGGUAACUGGGCAUUUCUAUAUCAGCAGAUCAAUGCAUAUAAUUCUUAUGAAGCAUUGCACAGUUUGACAUUUAUGAUAUACUGUACCUCCUCGCAUCUGAAAUUAGUCUAGGCCUCACAUUGCUUGCCUAUUUCUUCUCUUUUUUUUUUAAUAACACUGUCCACUAGUAACUUUUCAAUAACAAAAACAUCCUAUUGAUACCAAGAAAAAAAAAAGCAAAAAUAUUAAAUAUUUAUAGAAAAAAUAACCUAGGGUGGGGAAUGGCCAGGGUACAAUAUUAUAAUAGCAGUGAUCAUAACAUUUUGCUAUGUGUAUAUAGAACAUACAAUGUGAGCAACCAUGAUUUAAGCUGAACUUGUGUAAAUAUUAUCAGAUUUCUUAAACAUUUUUAACUUCUAAUUUGUACUUUAUGGUAAGGCAAAAAGCUGAUUCUAUUUAUGGUUUAGGUUAAUGUGUCCUAAAAUUAUGUAAAUAACUAAAUAAGCUGUAAAUGAGCAGUCAAUAGAUACAGUAAUUGUUUAGUGACUUUUUUUUUAACUAAGUACAAUAAUUGCAGUGCUCUAGCAGAGUAAUUUAAACACCCUUUUGCAUAAACAGAUUUGGAUUUGAGAUACAAGUUUUAAUACAAAAAUUCAAGGAAAGUACUGUAGUGUAAAAUAGUCAUUGCAACAAUGUUACUGCUUGCAUAACAGGUUAUUUUUGUAUAGGUAAAAAAUUAAAGCAACAGAAGAUUGUAGUUCAGUACUCAGAUCAACAUUCAAAUUGUAGAACCUGAUUCCCUUUUACACCACUUUGGCCAGUGCAGUAAAGGGAUAUUAGUGGAAAGGAGUAUCCAGUCUAUAAGGAUUUCACUACAGAAAUCCCGUCUACUGCAUCUGUUCCUGAAAUCUGUCUCUCUUAUGAUAUAUAUUAGUAGACUUUAAAAUAAAAACAUGUUUGACCGUCAUUAGCUAGCAUAGUCCCCCAAAGCCAAAGAACAUUCACUCCAGAAAUGGUUUUAAAAGGGAAAACUAGUAAGUCACUGCUUAACACCAAAGGUAAAGUUCAACAAAAUGCACUAGGAACUGUGUCAAAAUUUUUCAGGAGCAAAUGGAAUGUUAAUCAAAACCAUUGCCCUAGUCUACUUUGUAAAAAUAACAACACUUUAAAUAUCCAUUAAUUAAUUCUAAAUUGAAAUAGAUCAUCUCUGCAAGUAUAUGCAAGACACACAUUUAUAUGUAUCAAAUGAUUAUUUUUUUUAGUAAAUGCUUUGACAGUGAAUAUGAAAUGUUGGAAAUCUUAGCUAUACUGUCAUACUAUUUUUUUUAAUGUUUCUCUCAGCCAUGAGGUCAUCUAUUCCAAUUUGAUAAACAUUUUGUAUGUUUGCACUGUUACUGCCAUUUGACAAAUAUUCACCAGGCUUUAUUGGUUAUGGUCCAUUGUAUGGAUUGAGUUAAAGAUCAUGUGAACAUUUGAAACAUAAGUAAUUCUAACAAGCUGACUAUAAUUUGACUUCCUUCACAUUUUUAUUUGCAUGGGUGUUUAAAUGGUUCUGUUAGUACUGUCUUUGCACAGUUCUGAUUUAUCUCUUUUUUACUUAGUACUAUUUACUUCAUAAUGUAGUAAUCAUCAGCCUUACUAAUGACCUUGUAGCCUUUCUUAUAUGCACAUAAUGCACAUUUUUCAAUGGCUAGAAAAUGCAAAAUACUAGUGGAUAUCAUUGCAUCAGAUCUUCAUGUCUUUCUCAAAAGGACUGCUAACCUCUGGGAUAAAUGAGGUAGUAAAAUGAUGAUUGUAAAUGAGUAGCACAUAAGAGAUAUUUUCUUGAAUUUAAACUUAUUGCAGCCAGUUUCAGCAUGUAAAUAUACAAUAAUAAUGUUGGCUAGUGUGUAAUUCUUGAACUAAAAAAAAAUAAAGAAAACCUACCAGAA